AUGAAGAUUUCAAAGAUAUUCUAUUUAUUUAAUAUUUUAUUUUCUAUCAAUUUAUUGGUACCAUGUUUCUGCUUAGAUAAAAACGAAUUUUUAAAAAAUAAAAGUGAAAUAUAUAAUAUUAAUAAAUCUAUAGAGAAGAAAGAUAAGAAAAAAAAAAUUAUAAUUUAUUCUAUAUCUGCAUUAGCAGCUGUUCUUUUAGCAGCUGGUUUAUUAGGAGGAGGGUUAUAUUUAACUAGAGAUAGACGUAAGUCUAUAUGGAAGAAUCCUGUAUUUGGAAAAGAAUUUGAAGAUAUUUUUUUUUCCACUAUAGAUCAAGUAGAUGAAGAUGUAAAAAAAAUUAUUGAAAAAGGAGAAAAACAAAAUUAUGAUAAAAUAUUUACAAAAAAAUAUGUUAAAAGUGUUAUGGAUAAAAAAAUUAAUGAAAGUGAAAUCAAGUUUUCUGGAACUCAGAAAAGGGAAUUUUAUACAUUUGUUCCUUAUAUUCAUUUUAAGUUAAAUGAAUUUAUAGAAGAAAAUCUAGAUAAGCCGUGUUAA